GUUGUUGUUUUUGAAGAGUCAUCCUUCCUUUCCCUCAAGAUGACAAACAGUUCUCUCUUCUGCCCAGUUUACACAGGUCUGGAGCCGUUCACCUAUUUUUUUUAUUUAGUUUUUCUUGUUGGAAUUAUCGGAAGUGGUUUUGCAACCUGGGCUUUCAUACAGAACAACGCAAAUCACAGGUGUGUAAGCAUAUACUUAAUUAACUUGCUUACAGCUGAUUUCCUGCUCACUCUGGCAUUACCAGUGAAAAUCGUUGUUGACUUGGGUGUGGCACCCUGGAAGCUGAAGAUAUUUCACUGCCAAGUGACAGCCUGCCUCAUCUACAUUAAUAUGUACUUAUCAAUUAUCUUCUUAGCAUUUGUCAGUAUUGAUCGUUGUCUUCAGUUGACGUACAGCUCUAAGAUUUAUCGAAUACAAGAACCUGGAUUUGCCAAAAUGAUAUCGACCGUGGUGUGGCUAAUGGUCCUUCUUAUAAUGGUGCCCAACAUGAUAAUUCCCAUCAAAGACAUUGAGGAGAAGCCAAAUGUGGGAUGCAUGGAAUUCAAAAAGGAGUUUGGAAGAAACUGGCAUUUGCUGACCAAUUUCAUAUGUGUAGCAAUAUUUUUAAAUUUCUCAGCCAUCAUUUUAAUAUCUAACUGCCUUGUAAUUCGACAACUCUACAGAAACAAAGAUAAUGAAAAUUAUCUAUAUGUGAAAAGGGCCCUCAUCAACAUACUUUUAGUGACUACAGGCUACAUCAUAUGCUUUGUUCCGUAUCACAUUGUCCGAAUCCCAUACACCCUCAGCCAGACAGAAGUAAUAUCUGACUGCCCAACCAGGAUUUCACUCUUCAAAGCCAAAGAGGCCACGCUGCUCCUGGCAGUGUCGAACCUGUGUUUUGAUCCUAUCCUGUACUACCAUCUCUCAAAAGCAUUCCGCCUAAAAGUAACCAAGACUUUUGCUUCACAUAAGGAGACCAAGACUCCAAAAGAAAAAUCAAGUGGUGAGAGCAGUGCAUAAAAUAUGGGAUUUUUCAUGCUAUCACUUCCUGUCUCAGUGACAGUAAGUAUUGGGAAAGAGAAAAGACAGCCUAAGUAAAAGACAGCUACCAUAUGUGGCCUGCUUUACUCAGAAACUGUUUCUAAAUGUAAAUCGAGCAGCACCCUUGUGGUGCUUAAACCACGUUCAUACAAAACCAAAACAAAAAACCUAAAAAGUACUGCUGAACCAACACAACACCUUGCAUUAUCCCUGAAACCUAAAAAAGUUUUAUGACACAGACUCAGAGUCAUUCAUGAAGUAUCCAUUUGAAUAUUGGGAACUGACUUCUUGAUAGAAAUAUGCAAAAUGAUCUCCAUGUAAGAUGCCAGAAAGCCCUUUGGCAACACGAUUUAAAACCAUUUAGAUCAUACUAAAUAAAAUCCAGCUGAUCUUUACAUGAAA